AUGUCAUAUCCUGACGCAAUGGACCAAGACCCUGCGGCGCCCCCGCCGGCGGCGGCAGCCAACGACCAAGACGCGGACAUCGGCCAGGUCGCAACCGGCAUGCAGGUCGUGACCGAAGUGUGCAACGCGCCCGCGACCAGCAUAGAGGGCACACCGACACCUCAAGUCGCACAAUCGCAAAACCCCGUCCCUUCAACCGAGACACCUCCCACGGCAGCCUCAGUCACGGCACCACAGCAACCCGCAACAGCGGCGGCGGCGACCCAGCCGGCAGCAACGACCGCCUCUCCAGCUCCCGCGUCGCCCGCGCCCGGCCGCACCGGCACUCCGAUGCGCAACCUGGUUGGAGGCGGCGGCGGCGGUGACACGGGCUCCCGCGCCGGCUCGCUGCACCCGGAGCCGAGCUUCAACAUGCCGACCGAGGCCGCUACGCACGGCGCGCCGGCUAGAGUCUACCUCAACACCAAGGUCACAGGUGUGCUGCUUGAGGGCAUGAAGAUUAUUGCAAAAGAUCAGCCCAAUGACCCUCUGAGAGUGUUGGGCGAGUUCUUGCUACAGCGCUCGAAAGAGAUCGAGUCAACAAGCUAG